UGGAAUGAAGUAUAACCAGUUUUGAGAGCGUCGAUAUCAGUCUUGUGAAAGUUUUUAAAAGGGGCUCAGUAAUCAGGUAUGUAAUCGAGCGACUGUAGAAACGACUAAACUACUUAUCUUAAGUUGAUGUCAAUAGAUAGUUUAUCUCUCAGUUCGACGGUGUAUUUAAAGCAUAUUUUAUUGAGAAAGUCUAUGAGUCGAAAUAAACUGUAAAAUGGCUAGUUUUAUGCUGGAGAAAAAUCUUUUAUUAUCCUAUUCAAAAGAAUUCUUUUUUUUCACAUGGCAAUUUAAAGAAUCAGACAUUAAACCUGGCAACUGCAUUUGUAGUUCUAAAUUUCAAUUAGCAGAGGGCAAUAAUUCGUUUCUUGAGAUGAAAAUUAAUGAAAACUUAAUGCUUUUCUUGAAUUUAAGGAAUCCAUCUAUCGGUAUCAAAACUGGAUUGUUCUCUAUCACUGUAACAGACGAGGCCACUACAAUUUACAGCAAAACAGUAUCGAAGAAUUAUUUUGAAGAUGAUGAGGACGAAAUCGAUUUUCUUAUGGACUUCCAGUACGAAUUACCAUCUUCUGUUAAAUAUCCAUUGGUUAUCACCUGUAGUUCUAUCGACUGGAAUGCUGUUGAUGAGUGUGUCAUACAUAAAGAGAACUUAUCACAUUUUAAUAAUUUGCGAGAGCUUUCCUUGCAUUUAAAACAAGUUCUGGAUGAAAACGUUUACUCGGACAUCGUUCUUAAUGUGGAUGGAGACAAAAUCAAAGCUCACAAAUUGAUAGUGCAAGCUCGUUCCCCUGUCUUCCACAAGAUGUUCACUCAUGAAACUGCUGGGAAUCUGAUUGCUAUCUCAGACAUUGGAUCAGAAACAAUGAAAAGGCUUCUCAAUUUUAUCUACUCUGGUACAACGGAUGAAUAUGGCUUUGAAGAACUUUUGGAACUGUACUAUGCUGCUGACAAAUACGAAGUGAUUUCUUUACGAGAUUGUUGCAAAGCAAAAUUGCUGAACCUUCUUCAAGUGGACAAUGCGUGUGUCUUAUUUGUCUUCGCAAACCGACACAGCGACGAAGCUUUCAAAAAUGAAGUGGCGCAAUUUAUCUGCGCGAAUUUUAAAUCAGUGGUCAAAACAGAAUCUUUUGAUGAACUGAGUAAAGACGACAUGAAAUUUCUUACGCGUUUGUAUGUGAAUGCUACAGAAGAGUGAAUAGUUUGCCGAUACUUUUGAUUUUAAAAUUAAGUAUUUAAUGAUUAAUUGACCUAAUUUUACAAUAUUGGGUGAAAUAUUCAUGUGGAACUGCUUACGUGUGGCAUGGAAAAGUGGAAGCAUUUUGCCAAUUUGACGUAAAUAAGAACCUUCUAAAAACGAUGUGCUUAAGCCUAAUUUUUGAAUAGCCUGCAAGAAGUAAAAUGAUAAGCGUAGUACAAGAGAAUAAUCUGUUUUUAAUCUAUUCGAAAAAUUUCUUCUUUUUUAUAUGGAAGUUUGAAGAAUCCCAAAUAAGUCCUGGUUGCACCACUAGGAGUUCUGAAUUCGAAUUAGUGAAAGGAGAAACUUCAUUUCUUGAGAUGAAAAUUGAUUCUGUUUUUUACAUCAAUUUAUGGAAUCCAUCAACGAGCGUCAGAAGGGGACAUUUUACAAUACUGAUAUCGGACGAAAAUGGCUCAAUCAUUCACAGCAAGAAUGUGCCAACCAAUUAUUUUAUCGAGGCAGGAAACAAAGUUGAUUUACUUAAAAGCUUAUUCGACGUACCGCCAUCUGUAAAAUAUCCAAUAACCAUCACCUGCAUCUCUAAAGAUUGGAAUACAGAUGAGAAGAGUGUUAGUUCAAAGGAUUCAAUUCUCUUGAAUAAUUUGCGUGAGCUUUCUCUAGAUUUUAGGAAGGUUCUAGAACAAGCAAUCUAUUCGAACAUCGUACUAAAUGUGGAUGGAGAUAACAUCAAAGCCCACAAAAUUAUAUUGCAAGCUCGUUCCCCUGUCUUCCACAAGAUGUUCACUCACGAAACAGCGGUCAAUCCGAUUGUUAUCUCGGACAUUGGGCCAGAAACAAUGAAGAGACUUCUCAAUUUUCUUUACACUGGUACAACCGACGAGUGCGGAUUCGAAGAACUUUUGGAACUGUACUAUGCCGCUGACAAAUACGAAGUUAUUUCUUUACGAGAUAGUUGCAAAAUGGAGUUAUUGAACUUUCUUCAAGUGAACAAUGCGUGUUACUUAUUUGUCUUAGCUAACCGACACAGCGACGAAGUUUUCAAAAAUGAAGUGGUGCAAUUCAUCAGUGCGAAUUUUAAAUCUGUGGUCGAAACAGAAUCAUUUGACGAACUGGGUAAAGACGAUAUGAAAUUACUUAUGCGUUUGUGUGCGGAUGCUAUGAAUGAAUGAACAGUUUGCCGAUGCAUUUGAUUUUUAAAUUAAGUAUGUAAUGAUUGAUUGGUUAAAUUUCACAAUGUUGUUAAUUUUUCAGUUCUUGUUAUUUAAUUGUGAAUAACACUAAAAGCUGAUGAGUUAAACGAAGUUUGAAUACAUGCAACGUCUUCUUUGUAUUUUGAGUAAAUAUUUUCAAAUGCA